CGCGAAUGUAAUAAUUGUUUGUCCGCUAAGUUACUCAAAAAAAAAAUAAUAAAAAUAAGUUCUGAGGAUUUAAGUGAAUUGCAGAAAGAUGUCUGUGGUUACGUUCGAAAAGCCGCUAACGCACAUCGGGCUGGCCGAUUGGUACGCAAAGCAGUGGCAAUUGCAACAAACAAACGACACACGUCGAAACGAUGCGUUCAACCUGAGACACGAGGCGCGCCAACUGCGAAACGAGACCAACAUUCGCACGGAAUGGGACACCUACCACAACAACGUGCGGCUGUCCGAGCGGGUCACGCAGAUGGACAGGAUAUUGUACGAGCUGCAAGCGCUGAUGGAACGGUUGGAGCACGAGAUGAACAUGCUCAAGUCGGAAAAAUUCGAUGCCGAGAGGGACUUGGACGCGCUCGGCAUACCGAUGUCGGUUAUAUCCGAGUGCAUUUCCAUGAGGGAUUGCCGCCUCGGCGUCGAGCUUACUUACGAUGAUGGCGAUACAGAACUCAAAAAGGAACUAUGCAUCGUGGAAGGGGUCAAAAAACUUUUUGUCGAAAGGUUGCAGGCAACAUGGGAAAAAGUAAACAAACUUGAGGAACUAAAAUUUAAAGUGAAUCUGGAGAUAAACGAUAAAGCCGAGGCUGCCGAAAUCGAUAAAGAACAACUGGAGUUGAAUAAAAAUUGCGCCAAUAUAACUUUUAAAAUCGACCCCCUUCGCAUUGUUAAAAAUUCGGUAACAUAUGAAACCUGGCUACAGCACACUGAUUACAUACGGAGAUUAGCCAACAACGAGUUGGUCGACACCCACAAAUUUCGAGAAGCCUUAUUCGUUGUACGCGAAAGGGCCAGAAAUGACAUGCUCGCGCAAAGAGACCGCACCGAUUUUACGCUGAGGAAGAGAAUAUACGAAACGCAAAAAUCAAGAAACGAGCUCGAGUGGCAGCUAUUAAAAAUGAGGGAAGAAAUGGACAAGGUACUUAAAGAGAUAAAGACUUUGGAAGAUUCUCUUGAUGCAAAGACUGACGCUUUAAAAUUGUGCGAAACCAGAUUGGAGAACCGUUCUUACAGACCAGGUUUUGAAUUGGCAAUUGACGAAGUUGAAGAGGGCUUGAAGGCCGAAGUGUUGUCGUUAAAACAAACCAAACAGGUUUUAACAGACAAAAUAAAUUGCGCAAAGGCAACCUUUAACAUGUUGGAGGAUCAACAAGUUUUGAUCGAUCAGGACUUGUUUAAUAAAAAUCAGUCGUUGAUGACCGAUAUUCGUUGUUUGGACAUGAGGAUUCGUUUGAGACAGGGACAAUUGGCUGGGCCCACUAACGACACUGACAGAAACAUACAACUUACUCGCAUGGAAAAAGAAAUUCCACCAACAUAGAUUUGACAGUCCACUUUUUAAAAAUUUAACUGUAGUAGUUUGUGCAAAAAAAAUUUAAAAUUUUUGUUACAAUAGAAAACUUGUAUACACUUUUAC